AUGUCCCAGAUGUCAACAGAUCAAUUAAAUCUUGGGCCAGCUGAUGACCCAGAAUCAUGUUCUGUGUCAUCCAAUGGUCCGGAGGUCUUUUCUUUAAUUUACGAUCAUUCACCUCCAGCUCAAUGUGAUCAACCAGGCCUCCCGGUUCACCCGGACCUAUACCUCGGGCCUGAGGAUGACCUGAUGGCUGGGAUGCACGAUCAGUCACAUCCGGCCCAACCUGAUAUGCUGGGUCUAGCCAUCCACCCGGAUCUCUACCUUGGGCCUGAUGAAGAUAUUAUGACUGAGAUCCCAGAUCCAUCACCUCCGGCCCAACCUUAUCACCCAGAUGUACCCAUCCACCCAGACCUGUACCUCGGGCCUGAUGAAGAUUUUAUGCCAGAAUUCCCCGCGAUUGCAAAAUAUCCCGAACGUGAUUUGCCACACCCGGAUGUCACUUAUGAAGAAUUGCUUGCCAUGGUCCAGGAUCUCCGGCCAUUUGAGUCUUACAAUCACAUAGGCAUUCAAUCCAUUCAAGAUCGGGUCCGGGAUUACAAACAGCGACACGGACAUAUUCCCGACCCAUCCAUCCAACAACUACUCGAGGCUGAGAGACCAUUCCGAACUGCCUGGGCAGAAACAUCUGACAAACUCAGAAGAGCUGAUGAAGACCUCUGGAGGCUGCAAAGAGCUGAAUGUUUGACUUCUAAAAUGCUCAAGUCACCUGAGGAGUACUGUCUAAUGGCUUUGGCAUCGACUUACUCCGGGUGGUCCUCGCCAAUAGCUCAAUCACCUGCUCUCUUUCCCCACAUCCUUUUUGGAGCCGGCGAUGUUUUCCUCCCUUCCAUUGCAACAUCAUCGUCAACCUCACCAAUGUUGCCAUUGGUUAACCCUGCCAGGAGGUCUCCCAUUCGCGAUGUCAGCAGUGCACCACGUUUUGCCGGCUUGACUGGGCGAGGCUUUGGAAUUGACGGUGGGAUUGCCAUCUCUGCAUGUGAUGAUGAAGGACCUUCUCCGGUUCUGGUUCUCUUUUCGGUGAUCUACCAUCAGCCUGAGUCAUUAUCAUCAUCAUCAUCAUCAUCAUCAUCAUCCGUAUGA